GUGCCAGUGUUGUGUUUUCAACUUUUCUGUGAUCUCAGGCGCUGUUUGCGUGCUAUCAUGGGAGUAAGAAAAAACUUCUGGAGCAUUUUGCAGCCGUGUGCUCGUAUCGACAGAUCUUCCGACUGCUUGGUGGCGCUUCGUGGCCAGAAGCUGGCAAUAGAUCUCUCACACUGGAUAUGUCAGAUGCAAACCGUGUCACUGCCGGCUUCGACUCAGAGUCGUUCUGCUAGAGCUGGCUCCGAGUCUGGGCAGAGUGAAUCUACUGUCAAGCGGAUUCCUGGCAAGCCCCACCUUAGAAACCUGUUCUUCAGAAUCGUCAAACUCGUCGCAAAGGUGGGAUCUUUGCCAGUGAUGGUGAUCGAUGGGAAUCCUCCCCUAUUGAAGCGCAGAUUCGCUAAUUAUUUGUCGCAUGGAGUAUCGAGAGGCGAUUUUUCUUACUCGCCGACCUCCAGUCCUGAGCUUGAGAAAGAGGGAGACAGUCAGAUUGGGAAAGGGCAGGCGAGACUGUGCAAGCCAUCUGGAGACCGAAGCCAGAAUGAACGGUUCCUCCGCGAUGUAGCGGAAGCAGUGGAGCUGCUUGAUCUAUUGGGAUUGCCAAUAUUGUUUGCAAAGGGAGAGGCGGAGGCACUUUGCGCAGAGCUUAAUCGUCAUGGUGACGUGGAUGCGUGUGUAACGGGAGAUAGCGAUGCUUUGCUUUAUGGAGCAGAAAGAGUAAUCAAGGUGUUGUUGAUGAAUGAUAAGGAACCGUGUGUGGAGGCGUAUUAUGCACAGGACAUCCAGGAGAAAUUAGGACUGGGAAGAAACCAUCUUAUUGCAAUCGCAUUACUACUGGGCUGUGACUUCAACGAUAAAGGCGUGAAAGGAGUUGGACCUGCGACAAGCCUCAAGCUCGUUAAGGCGUACACGAAUGACGAAAUUCUUGAGACGCUUUCCAUAUGGGGGUCUGGCAAGAUGCCAUCUUCUUCAGAAAUGCAAAGAUUUCUCGGCUCGGAACGAGCGGAGGAGACCGUGACAAGGGCAAAUACUAGUAUGAAUCAAGAGGAACCAAUCGCAAGAAUCGCAAGGCCAAGACAUUGCUCAAAUUGUGGACAUCGUGGAGAUGUGCGGAAGCAUAUCCUUGCCGGCUGCGAAUCUUGCAAAAAGUUGCCCGGCAGCUUUUCGGAAGAGAGCGGUGCAGGAUGCAUUCCCAAACCGACUGACUUCAUUUGCAACUGCGAAUGGUGUUCAGCGGUCAGCGAAGCGAGGAAGCAGGCACGCAGGGAAAAGUUUUGGGAUAAAAUCUUCAAAAAUAUUGUGUGCGCGUCGUCAUUCUUCGACCAAGGAGUUGUUGAUUUGUUUCUUGAAGUCAACAACGACCACUUUCGCACACAGCAAGCAAGUCCCUGCUCUGCUUUAAUACAUUGCAGCUCAUUUGAUAUCGCAACGCGGGCAUCGACAAUGCCAUUGAUCUGGCGACUCCCCGAUGUGGAGAUGGUGAAGAAAUUUCUUGCUUUUCAUCUUCAUUGGACACCCAAAUAUACUGAGCAGAAGUUGUUCCCCAUGCUUGCCCACCUGUCCUUACUACAAGACACGUCUUCCGGAAGUAAUACUAUAUGCUUGGAAUCGCCGAGGAAGUCGUGCUCCAUCGAUUGCCCAGUUAUGGUUGGGAGGUACAAGUUGGACUCGAUAUGCGGACUGCGGAAGCACCGGCGAAAAUACAAUAAGCAAUGCAAAUACAUUCUGAAGUGGGUUUACAUGGAAAACAUGAGGCAACCUGAGCGAGCAGGCGAUGAAAGUCCGGAUGACAAUCACGUGGAACUUGAAAGCUGUACCCACGGCAAACAUUCGAGCGUCAACGCUAAGUACAGUAUUCCCUAUGGAAAGGAGGCUGGUUCCGGAGAGGGUUACCGUAACGAACUGCUUGAUGAGGAUGAGAAUGGAAGGGAUAGCAAAAAGAGAAAGGUAGCAGUGGAUGCAAUGCCAUGUGACGCACAUCUAUGCGCACCUGAAGUGCUUUGUGACGAAAGUGUCGAUCUUGUAGAGAGCGCAUGCCCAGCGUUGGUAAAUUCCUUCAAUGCAAGUCUCGUCAAGCGUUCAAGGUGCUAAUAGGAAUAUAUAUAUAUUUGACGAUAUAUAUAUAUAUAUAUAUUACUGACCAGUCGGUCAGUCGAAUCAAGCAGUCAUAGGCGA